GUGAGAUUUGAUAUUAAUGAAAUGCCAAGGCAGUCGACUGAUUAUUAAAUGAGGUUUUUGCAUGCGACGUCUAUAAUUAGUAUAUAAUUUUAAUCAUUUUUAAUCAAUAUUUUAUUAAUUUGCACGUAUUGUAAACGCUGACUUGUCAACUCAUAAUUAAGCAUGCCCAACGAGAUAGGAAAAUCGAAAACUAGGCUUUUCGUCAAAAAGCGUGAUGGUCGAAUGGAAGAAGUAUUGAUGGACAAGAUCACAUCACGUAUUGAAAAAUUAUGUGAAGGACUCAACAUGGAUUUCAUUGAUCCGGCUGAAAUUACAUUAAAUGUAAUAAGUGAUUUAUGCCCAGGUAUAAGUACCGUGCAAAUUGACAAUCUUGCUGCUGAAACAGCUGCUUAUUUAACAACUAAGCAUCCUGAUUUUGCAGUACUUGCUGCUCGUAUUGCAAUUUCUAAUCUCUAUAAAGAAACUAAUGAAAAAUUUAGUGAUGUAAUUUAUGAUUUAUAUAAUAUGACUAAUGAACGUAAUCAGAGUCGUAUGCCAAUUAUUUCUGAAUUCCAUUAUGAUAUUAUUAUGAAAAAUGCUGAUCGUUUGAACAAUGCUAUUAAACAUGAAAGGGAUUCGACUUAUAGUUAUUUUGGAUUUAAGACACUUGAAAAGUCAUACUUAUUGAAAAUAAAUGGUAAAGUUGUUGAACGUCCUCAACAUUUAUUGAUGAGGGUUUCAAUUGGAAUCCAUGGCAAUGAUAUUGACUCCGCUAUAGAAACAUAUGAUUUGAUGUCAUUAAAAUAUUUUACUCAUGCUUCACCAACAAUGUUUAAUGCUGCUACACCUAAACCUCAACUUUCAAGUUGUUUUUUAGUAGCAAAUAAAUCAGAUUCAUUGGAUGAUUUAACUAGAACUAUCAAAACCUGUGCAAAAAUUUCAAAAUCUGCAGGAGGUAUUGGUGUACAUGUCCAUAAUGUUAGUGCAGCUGGUACAAUAUGGACUAAAUAUCCUAAACAUAAAUCACAUGGUCUUGUUGAGCGAUUGAAAUGUUUUAAUGAUUUGGCUCAAUAUGUUGAUCAAGGUGGAAGAAGAGCAGGUGCUAUUGCUGUUUAUAUUGAGCCUUGGCAUGCAGAUAUUUAUUCUUAUACUGAGUUACGAAAAAAUACUGGUGAUAAAGAUGAAAAAACCAGAGACUUAUUUUUAGCUCUUUGGAUACCUGACGAAUUCAUGAGACGUGUUGAAACUGAUCAAAAUUGGAGUUUAAUGUGUCCACAUAAAUGCCCUGGUCUUUCAGAUGUCUGGGGAGAAGAUUUUGUAAAACUUUACACAAAGUAUGAGAAUGAAAAACGUUACAACAAACAAGUAUCUGCAAGAGAAUUAUGGUUUCGUAUAAUAACUUCUCAAAUUGAAACUGGUAUGCCUUAUGUACUGUACAAAGAUGCUUGCAAUGCAAAAAGCAAUCAAAAAAAUCUUGGUACAAUUAAGUGCAGCAACUUAUGUACUGAAGUCAUUCAGUACACUUCCCCAGAAGAGGUUGCAGUGUGUAAUCUAGCUUCAAUCGCUGUUAAUAUGUUUGUAAAACCUAAUGGAGAAUAUGAUUUUGAAAAGCUCUUAAAAAUUACUAAAAUUGUGACUAAAAAUUUGAACAAAGUGAUAGAUGUCAACUUCUAUCCUGUCAUAGAAGCUGAAGUUUCAAAUAAAAGACAUCGUCCUAUUGGAAUAGGCAUUCAAGGAUUAGCUGAUUUAUUUUUAUUAAUGAGAUAUCCAUUUGGUUCUCCUGAAUCAAGAAAACUUAAUAUACAAAUAUUUGAAACUUUGUACUAUGGUGCAUUAGAAGCUAGUUGUGAGUUAGCUGAAAAAUAUGGGACUUAUUCAUCUUAUCAAGGAUCGCCAAUUAGUCAAGGAAUUUUCCAAUUUGAUAUGUGGAAUGUAAAACCUACUAAUCUAUGGAAUUGGGAUGCAUUAAAAGAAAAAAUUUCAAAAAAUGGUGUUAGAAAUUCUUUAUUGUUAGCUCCAAUGCCAACUGCUUCAACAGCACAAAUUUUGGGAAACAAUGAAUCUAUUGAACCAUACACAACAAAUCUAUAUUACAGACGUACUUUGAGUGGAGAAUUUAGUGUUAUUAAUCGUCAUUUAUUAAAUGAUUUAAUUGAACUUAACCUAUGGAAUGAAGAUAUGAGGAAUGAAUUAAUUUACUAUAAAGGAUCUGUACAGAAAAUAAAUAGCAUUCCAAACAAUAUUAAAGAAUUAUAUAAAACAAAUUGGGAAUUGUCUCAGAAGAUUAUACUAGAUAUGGCAGCUGAUCGAGCAGCCUACAUUGAUCAAUCUCAAUCAUUAAAUAUUCACAUUGAGCAACCAACUAUUGGUAAAAUAUCAUCUGUCCAUUUUUAUGGGUGGAAAAAAGGCUUAAAAACUGGUAUGUAUUAUUUGAGAACACGACCUGCUGCUGAUCCUAUACAGUUUACAGUUAAUAAAAGUACAUUAUCUAACAAUGUUGCGAGCCAAACGGAGAAAAAUGAUGCCUUAAGUAUGCAACAAUUGGUGUGUUCAUUAGAAAACCGAGAUGCUUGCACCAUGUGUGGUGCUUAAAUUACUGUUAAUUUAUUAAUAUGAUUAAUCUUUAAAUCAUUUAUGCACUAAAUCAUAAUUAUGUAAAAUUAAUUU